AUGUCGUUCCCGAUUGUUAAUGGCGUCGAGGUCGCCGUUCCGCCGCCCCCCGGCUACCAGGUCGAUUUCGAUAACCCAGUGACCGACAAGUCGAUGGUCAGAAAUGCGUAUUGGAUUUUCAGUGUCGAGUUUACGAUAGCGACGUUAUUUCUGGGUCAGCGCAUGUAUACCAAUGCUGUUUUGCUGCGCAAGUUCAAGCUUGACGAUUAUAUAAUUCUUUUUGCCUGGGUUUUAUCCAUCGCCGCUCAAUCAUGUCUUCUCAGUGCAUAUAGUCAUAAGCUAUUAGGUGUCCACGCCUGGGAGAUGACAGUAGACCACAACACCGAGUCCGCUUUGCUUGUGAUGUGCACGACACUCACAUACAUCCCGACGACGAUUCUUUCGAAACUAACAAUAUGCUUCUUCUACUUCCGACUCUCUCCGUCCUUGUGGUACCAGUACUCGGUUUACUUCACAGCAUUCGUCUGCACAUGCAGUUUGGUCGGUAUUUGGUUCAGCGUUCUAUUUGCAUGUAAGCCCAUUGCUGCAGGCUGGGACGUGAGGCUGUCCGCCGACGCUACUUGCAUCAAUCGUCCUCCCAUUUACAUCACCCAAGCUGCUUUUGGCUGCGUCACUGAUCUGAUGCUACUCUUACUGCCUAUACCCACGGUCGUAGGGCUUCAAAUGUCGACUCGGCAAAAGCUUGGCCUACUUGGCUUGUUUGCCAUCGGCUCUAUUACUCUCGUCACAUCUAUCGUCCGAUUGGUGUUAUUACUGCCGAGCUUAUCAAACCCCGAUCAGAGCUGGUCUCUGGCAGAAGGUUGUCUUUGGGUUAUUAUCGAGGCCAAUCUGUUAAUCAUGUGUGGCUCACUGCCCACUCUCCGCGUAUUUCUCAAACAUGUUGCCCCCCGAGUCCUCGGCGACAAGAGCACACAAAAGUCAAGCGAUCCACAAAGCGGUAAUGCGAGUUAUGGCCUGCGAACCUUUGGCGGAUCCAAUGGUCCGCGACGCAAGUUCGACACACUGGUCGAGCUGGAACACGAUACACAUUUCCAAAGGAGGAGUUUGAGACCAGAGGAGCUGGGCAAGACGGAUGUGACAGUCUACGGUGGCCGAUCUGAUGAGUCGAUUGCGGACAACCCGACGGGGGACAAUAACAGCGAAGACGGAAUAUUGCAGACACGCACAACGACUGUGCAGUAUACGAGAGCUUAA